UUAGUAGAAGUUAGUAGAACAGUGUUUAAUUUAAAUUCACAAUGUCUGAAAAUUUAUUCGACGCAAUUUGUUUCAUCCCUGUUAAUUAUAAUUUAACAGAGGAGGAACUUAAUAGAACAGUGAUAGAAUCUAUGAAAAGGGGCGUACUAGAUGGAGAAUGUAGCGUUUGUCUCAGCGACAUAUCAGGAGACAUAUACCUCACGGGAUGCGUACACUGUUAUCAUAAGGAGUGCUUGCAGGAAUGGGUUGCGCAUUCAAAUGAGUCCUGCCCCUUAUGUAGGACAUCACUGAUAAUAGAGAAAACCUUCCGGAUAUUUGACAUGAAAUCGAAUCGAUGA